AUGAAUAUCUUCACCAGAGUCCUGAGAAGAUACACUAUAAUGUCUACGCCCAAGGUUGUGCAGCCCAAAUGGAACGUUCCAACGCCACAAGCUAAAGAAACUGUGCUGAAGUUGUACAACAGUUUGACGAGAUCCAAGGUCGAAUUCAUUCCACAAUCUGGCAACAGAGGAGUCACUUGGUACUCUUGUGGUCCUACUGUUUACGAUGCCUCCCAUAUGGGACAUGCCAGAAACUAUGUCUCUAUUGAUAUUAAUAGAAGAAUUAUUCAAGAUUAUUUUGGUUACGACGUGCAAUUUGUGCAAAAUGUUACUGACAUCGACGAUAAGAUCAUUUUGAGAGCAAGACAAAACUAUUUAUUUGACAAUUUUGUUAGAGAAAACAAUGCCAAAUUUAACGUCAGCGUUGUUGACAAGGUCAAAACCGCACUUUUCCAAUAUAUCAGCAAAAAUUUUACUGUUGAGGGCAACGAAAUCAAAACUAUCGAAGAAUUUAAAUCUUGGUUAUCGAAGGCCGAUACAGAAACUUUGAAAUUGGAAAAUCCCAAAUUUUCUAUGCAUGUUACCGCAGUUCAAAACGCUAUUGAAUCAAUCACUAAGGGUGAUUCCAUGGACCCCGAAGCUGCCUUUGAGAAAGUCAAAGAUGUUACGGUUCCGCUAUUGGAUAAAGAGUUGGGAUCUACCAUUAGUGAUCCAGAGAUUUUCCGUCAACUUCCAGCUUACUGGGAGCAAAAAUUCAAUGAUGACAUGUCAUCAUUAAACGUGCUACCUCCCACAGUUACAACUCGUGUUUCUGAGUACGUCCCAGAAAUUAUCAACUUCGUCCAAAAAAUUAUUGAUAAUGGCUACGCAUAUGCCACUCCCGAUGGUUCCGUGUACUUUGAUACUUUAAAAUUUGACAAAUCACCAAACCAUGACUAUGCUAAAUGCCAGCCAUGGAAUAAAGGUCAGCUAGAUUUGAUUAAUGAUGCUGAAGGGUCCUUAAGUAACUUUGCUGAUAACGGAAAAAAGUCAAAUAAUGAUUUUGCUUUAUGGAAGGCUUCGAAGGCAGGUGAGCCUGAGUGGGAAUCGCCAUGGGGUAAGGGUAGACCGGGAUGGCACAUUGAAUGUUCCGUGAUGGCCAGUGAUAUCUUAGGCCCUAACAUCGAUAUUCAUUCAGGGGGUAUUGAUUUGGCCUUCCCUCACCACGAUAAUGAAUUGGCUCAAUCUGAGGCUUGUUUCGACAAUAAACAGUGGAUCAAUUAUUUUCUACAUACAGGUCAUCUACAUAUUGAAGGUCAAAAAAUGUCUAAAUCCUUAAAGAAUUUCAUUACCAUUCAAGAAGCUUUAAAAAAAUUUUCACCACGUCAAUUAAGAUUGGCCUUUGCUUCAGUACAAUGGAAUAAUCAAUUGGAUUUCAAAGAGUCUUUGAUCCAUGAGGUAAAGUCAUUUGAAAGCUCCAUGAACAAUUUUUUCAAAACCGUUAGAGCAUUGAAAAACGAUGCAUCGUCUGCAGGUCAUAUCUCCAAAAAGUUCAGUCCCCUAGAGAAAGAAUUAUUGGCCGAUUUUGUUGAAUGUGAAUCCAAAGUACAUUCUUCAUUCUGUGAUAACUUAUCCACACCUGUUGCUUUGAAGACACUGAGCGAAUUAGUGACUAAGUCUAAUACAUACAUUUCCACUGCUGGAUCUGCUUUAAAAAUUGAGCCCUUGAUUGCUAUCUGUAACUAUAUCACCAAAAUCUUAAGAAUAAUUGGAUUUCCAUCCCGUCCUGACGACUUGGGUUGGGCGCAAGCUGGCUCCAACGAUGGAUCAUUGGGUUCAUUGGAAGACACCGCUAUGCCAUAUGUUAAGUGUUUGUCCACAUUUAGAGAUGAUGUACGUUCUCUGGCUAUCAAGAAGGCCGAACCCAAGGAAUUCUUACAAUUAACAGACAAAGUCAGAAACGAAGAUUUACUAAACUUGAAUGUCGCCUUGGAUGAUAGAAAUGGACAAUCCGCUUUGAUCAAGUUUUUAACUAAUGAUGAGAAAUUGGAAAUUGUCAGGUUAAACGAGGAGAAACAUGCCAACGAACAAGCCAAGAAACAAAAGAAGCUGGAACAGCAGAAACUAAGAGAGCGGAAGGAAAACGAGAGAAAGCAAAAGGCCCAAAUUAAACCAGAAGAUAUGUUCAGGGAUGUCGCUUUGUACAGUGCUUGGGAUGAGCAAGGUCUUCCAACAAAGGACAAAGAUGGUAAUGACAUUACCAAGAGUAUGGCCAAGAAGUUGAAGAAGCAAUGGGAGCAACAAAAGAAGUUACAUGAAGAGUACUUCGGUAAAGAUAAAUAA